AUGAGCAAAGAAGACGAAGAGAAAACAGCCUUCUAUACAGACCAUGGCACGUUCUGCUACACCAAGAUGCCUUUCGGGUUAAAGAACGCAGAGGCGACAUACCAACGGCUAGUUGACUCGAUAUUCGCCAAGCAAAUUGGAAGUAAUAUUGAGGUAUAUGUAGAUGAUAUGGUGAUCAAGAGCCCAAAUGAAGAAAAGAUGCUGCAAGACAUCGAAGAGACUUUCAAAACAUUAGAGGUAACCAAGAUGAAACUAAACCCAGCCAAAUGCACGUUUGGAGUGGAAGAGGGGCAAUUCUUGGGCUACUAUGUUACUAGACAAGGCGUCCAGCCUAGCCCGACCAAGGUCGACGAGUUCAUCAAGACGGCAACCCCAAACUCUCUUAGAGAUGCACAAGGUCUGAACGGGAAGCUCACAACUCUAAGUAGGUUCAUCUCAAAAUCUGUCGACAAGGCUAUGCCACUGUUCCACACCUUAAAGGGAUGCAUCGAGAAAAACAAUUCCCAAUGGACGAAUGAAGCUGAGAAGGCACUCCAGAGAAUCAAGGAGGCACUGCACAAGCUGCCGACCCUGGCAACCCCCAUCCCGAGAGAAACAUUACGAGUGUAUCUAUCGACGUCAGGUGAAGCGAUAUCAUCGGUAUUGGCUGUGCAAAGGGAAGGAGAGCAGAGACCGAUAUACUUUAUCUUGCUUAAGCCAGAGACGUUGGGUCGGCUGGCCAAGUGGGCAAUUGAACUGGGAGAGCACGACAUAAACUACCGCCCAAAAACAAGUAUCAAAGGGCAUGAGUUGGCUGAUUUCUUACUAGAAAUUCCUGACGGAGGGAAUCCGGCGAAAGAAAAGGUGUGGGUAGUUGAAGAGGCCCCUACCGACGACGGUUCAUGGACCCUGUACACGGACGGAGCGUCCAGCAGGGAAGGCUCAGGGGCGGGGCUGAUCCUGACUAGUCCAGAAGGAGAAGAGGUAACCUACGCCCUCCGUUUCGACUUCCAUACAUCGAACAACGAGGCGGAGUAUGAGGCACUGCUCGCAGGAUUGCGACUCGCCAAACAGAUGGGUGCGAAAGCUGUAACAGCGCUAACCGACUCAAGGUUAGCAGCGAACCAAGUCAAUGGGAGUUUUGAGAUACCCAGAAGUGAGAAUAAAAGGGCAGACGCUUUGAGCAAGCUAGCGUCCACUUGUUUCGACCACCUGUCAAAGAAAGUUUCAGUGGAGGUGCUCCGGGAGAGAAGCAUUGAUGAACAGCAGGUGAACAUCCUAACCCCCGCUGGACCCACAUGGAUGACGCCGUUCCGGGAAUACCUCCAGAGAGGGGUGUUGCCGGACGACCAUGACGAAGCCAGAAAAAUACGUAUAAAGGCGCCCUCAUACGCAAUGGUGAACGGGGAGUUGUACAAGAAGGGGUUCACGUCUCCAUGGCUAAAAUGUUUAGAUCAAGCCAAGGGGAGAGAGAUAUUGCAGGAAGCACACUCAGGGUAG